AUGAAAAUCAUUUGUGUGUAUAAAGACAGAGAGAAAAAGGCACUGAAGAUUCACAAAUAAAAAAUAUUGGAGCAGCAAAUUAAACGAUAUCAAAUCAAAUUGAAGAUGGAUGUUGCAAGUGUUCUCUGUAUGAAUCCUCCAGGAGAUGGGAAGAAGAGCUACGCCAAUAAUUCUCUCCUCCAAAGAAUAGUGAUAUCAAAAUCCAAGCCAUUUCUAGUAGAAACCAUAAGCAACGUGGUAAGGUCGAUGAGGAGGAGCAGUAGCAGUAUUAAUGGGGGUUGGCCGGCUUGUUUCAGAGUUGUAGACUUGGGUUGCUCGUCGGGACCCAAUACGCUGCAGGUUAUCUCAGAGAUUAUUGACACCAUUAAUGACGAGGUCAUCUGCAACCAGCUGGAAGAAGAUAUUGAUCCAGAAAUCCAAGUCUUCUUAAACGAUCUUCCUACCAAUGAUUUCAACGGCGUUUUGAAAGAUGUUCCUACAUUUUAUAAUCAACAUAGUAAAAACAAGCUUCGCUGUUUUGUAUCAGCUUCGGCUGGUUCCUUCUAUGGCAGACUGUUUCCCCGGGAGAGUCUUCAUUUUGCGCAUUCUUCAUACUGUCUUCAUUGGCUCUCAAAGGUUCCAGAUGGUAUUGAUGAGGAAAACAGAGGGAAUAUAUACAUAGGAAAAUCAAGUCCUCCAAAUAUAUAUAAAGCAUACAAGGAGCAAUUUGAGAAGGAUUUUUCAAACUUUUUAAAAUUGCGGUGCGAAGAAAUGAAAGCAAGAGGACGUAUGGUUCUUAUCUUAGUUGGCAGAAGCAUUCUACAUCCCUUGGCCUCUAAAUCUUGUUUUCCCAUAUGGGAUCUCCUUGCUACAUCUCUCAUGGAUUUAGUUGCUGAGGGACUUGUGAAAGAAGAUGAUCUAGACUCCUUCAACAUGCCUUAUUACUCUCCACACGAGGAAGAAGUAAGGAAGAUAGUUGAGAAAGAAGGUUCAUUCAGUCUCGACAAGCUAGAAACCUUUGAAGUGAAUUGGAACCUCAGGGAAGCUAUAACAAUGGGAGAAGGAACUUUUGUGUCGAAUGAAAAUCAAAGUGGACAAAUUGUUAGCAAUUAUAUAAGAGCCAUAGUAGAACCCAUGCUUAUUCAUCAUUUUGGAGAAGCCAUAAUUGACAAAUUAUUUGAAAUCUACUCAGAUCAUAUUACCGAACAUCUUUGCUUUCACGAUUCCAAACAUACCAGUAUCCUUGUUUCAAUAACAAAAAAGGUAGAGAAUACGAAAAAAUGUUAGUAUUUUAAUUGGUCGCAAAGUUAUUAUGAGUUCAAAUUUUUGUCGAAUACAAUGUGUUUAAAAUAGUAAUAUUGUAUUUGAUACAAGGUUAUUGUAUUUUUAUUUAAUUUCUAAAUUUUAUUUGUUUAAUAUGUACAAGUUAAUUAU